AGCCUGAGAAGGAGUUCAUUUUUAACGUGGGGGUGAGAUGAUGCCUUCCAGUAUGUGACGGAAAUUACACUUCGGGGACUGAGGGUCAAGUCUGGGUUGCCUUUUAGCUAAAACUUGAAGGCUCUGGCCCCCAGAGAGGAAGAGCGCAGUUGCAAGGCAGGCUAUGAGAAGAAAGGUCUCCACGCCCUGGCCCCCGCUGCAGCUCAGCCCCAGGGAGUGGUUCGAGCCUUGGAUGCAGCCCCCGCGCAGGGGCGGGGCCCGCGCUCCGUUCCAGCCCUCAGUGGGGCGGGGCCGCGAGCACACUGUCACCCGGAAGACGCCGGCGGCAUGGCGGACAAGGAAACACUGCUGAAGCUUCGGGAAGACUUCAAGAUGCAGAAUAAAUCCGUCUUUAUUUUGGGCGCCAGCGGUGAAACCGGAAAAGUACUUUUAAAAGAAAUCCUGGGACAGAACCUAUUUUCCAAAGUAACGCUCAUUGGUCGGAGGAAGCUCACAUUUGAGGAGGAAGCUUAUAACAAUGUGAAUCAAGAGGUGGUGGAUUUCGAAAAGCUGGAUGAGUACGCCCCUGCCUUUCAAGGUCACGAUGUUGGAUUCUGCUGCCUGGGCACCACCAGGAGAAAAGCUGGAGCGGAUGGAUUUGUCCGUGUCGACCGAGAUUAUGUGCUGAAGUCUGCAGAGCUGGCGAAAGCAGGAGGGUGCAAACAUUUCAACUUGCUGUCCUCCAGGGGGGCUGAUAAGUCCAGCAGUUUCUUAUACUUACAAGUAAAGGGAGAAGUGGAAGCCAAGGUUGAAGAAUUAAAGUUUGAUCGAUUGUCAGUGUUCCGGCCAGGAGUCCUGCUGUGUGACAGGCAAGAGUCUCGUCCAGGCGAAUGGCUAGCUAGGAAAUUCUUCGGCUCUUUGCCAGACUCUUGGGCCAGCGGGUACGCUGUGCCUGUGGUGACGGUGGUUAGAGCGAUGCUGAACAACCUGGUGAGUCCCGGCAGUGGACAAAUGGAACUUCUGGAAAAUAAGGCCAUCCUCCACCUGGGGAAAGACAGCGACGGACCCAAACUGUGACCAUGCCGGAGGACGUUCGUGAAAACCUCAGUGCCUGUCACCAAAUCAGUCAUUUGGGGCUCUAUAAAAAGUCUCUUUGUGGUCCUUGGUGGUAUCCCUCUCCUCAGACAUGCAGCUCCAUCAGGAAAUGGCAGUGCUCCACAUCAGUUGUUGAGAGUCCCGUUGUUCAUGUAAGUCACCCAGGAAGCUUCUGGGGAACAGGUUUAUAUCACAUGCCUAUACUUUGUAGAUUGCAAACAGGGAUCUCCGGAGGUGCGGUGCCUCUGGUUGUAAGACCAGCUUUGAAGCACUCCUACAGAGCCAUCUGAGCAGAGGGGCCCUGGCACUCCAGGCAGGCGAGCGAUGCUCAAGCUUGUUACCAGUCUGGUCUCCUAGUGGCACAGUGCUGAUGGUGCAUGUAGCUGAGUGAACACUGUGCCUUGACUCUGUGUCAACACAGAGGCUGUAAAACAAGCUUCUGUAAUUCUCUGAGGAAUAAAAAUAAAUGGAGAAA